AUGAACGAGACAACUACCUAUAUGUUUGAUUAUUUCACAACAACUGACCCAAACGACUCAGAUUAUGAUACGACUGAAGACUCAGGCAUGUGUGACAAAAGCUGGGUCCGGCAGUUUCGUGGCGAGUACGAACAACCUCUUUUCUGGAUCAUCUUCGUGCUUGGUUCUGUGGGUAACCUGCUGGUGGUUUGGAUUUACACCGCAGUGCGCAACCGCCUCAAAACAAUGACCGACGUGUACCUGCUGAACCUGGCUGUGGCUGAUCUCCUCUUCCUGUGCACGCUGCCCUUCUGGGCUGCAGAUGCCACCAAGGGCUGGGACUUUGGGCUCAGUCUUUGCAAAAUUGUAUCUGCCGUCUACAAAAUUAACUUCUUCAGCAGCAUGCUCCUUCUCACCUGCAUUAGCGUGGACCGCUACAUUGCUAUUGUGCAAGUCACAAAAGCUCAGAACUUAAAGAAGAAAACGCUGUUCUACAGUAAGCUCACCUGCUUUGGUGUCUGGUCUGUUUCCACUUUACUGGCCCUUCCAGAGUUUAUCUUUGCUCAGGUCAAGGGGGAGGAAAAUGCACAACAAUUCUUCUGCACAUUGGUCUAUUGGGACAACACGUUCAAUCAGACAAAAAUUAUGGUGCUGUCCCUGCAGAUUUCCAUGGGCUUCUGCCUCCCUCUGUUGAUCAUAUUCUUCUGUUACUCAGUCAUUAUCCGCACUCUUCUGCAGGCCAAGAACUUUGAAAAGCACAAGGCCCUGAGGGUCAUCUUUGUUGUGGUGUUUGUGUUCGUCCUCUCCCAACUGCCCCACAAUGCCCUGCUGAUCGUGGAGGCCACGCAGGCAUCUCAUACCACCAUCACUGACUGCGAGACUGUAAUUCGUUUUGACAUAGCUGGACAAGUUGCAAAGAGCUUGGCCUUUACGCACGCCUGCCUUAACCCGUUCCUGUAUGUUUUUAUUGGAGUUCGAUUCAGACAAGACCUCAUGAAGAUGGUUAAGAUGUGUGCUGGUGGUCUGAGCAAAGGAGGGUUCAGUAAAGGUCAUUCAGUUCCUAAACGUCCCUCUGUCAUGUCAGAUACUGAUACAACCCCCGCUCUUUCCAUAUAA